AUGUCCCAGAUACGAUCGCAUGCCGACUCCGGUCACAACCAUAAAGAUGGUCACAACCACAGCCACGACCACGGGCAUAGUCAUGGCAUUCUAGGGGGCCACCAUCAUCACCACGAUAAUGCCUACCUAACAUCUGGCAAUAAAGACGAUCCUGGCGUUCGAAUUACUCGUAUCGGCCUGGUAUCUAAUCUGGGCAUGGCAAUUGCCAAGUUCGCUGGUGGAUACGCUUUCAAUUCCAAAGCCAUGACUGCCGAUGCCUGGCAUAGCAUUACCGAUCUUGCGUCCGAUAUCUUGACGCUCGCCACAGUUACAUGGAGUCUGAAGCCACCGACAGACAAGUUUCCAAUGGGCUUUGGCAAGGUCGAGAGUUUGGGUUCAUUGGGUGUUUCGAGUAUGUUGUUGGCCGGAGGCCUUUAUAUGGGCUGGGACAGCGGCAUCAGCCUGUACGGACACUUUUACCCGGAAGCAGCGCAUGGCAUUCUUGGACACGUCGGACAUGGUCAUAGCCAUUCUCACGGAGCUGCAGCACUCGGGAUUCCAAGCAUGCACGCAGCUUGGCUCGCAGCAGGAACGAUUUUGAUCAAGGAAUGGCUAUAUCAUGCUACAAUGAAGGUUGCGCGUGAACGUAAAUCUUCGGUUCUCGCGUCAAAUGCCGUCCACCAUCGAGUUGACAGUCUGACGGGCUUUGCGACUUUGGCUGCCAUCAUAGGAGCCAAUAUGAUGGAGAAUGCGGCGUGGCUGGACCCUGUCGGUGGUCUUCUCAUCUCAAUUAUGGUUAUCCAAGCUGGUUCCGGAAAUACAGUUGCCGCUUUUCGCGAAUUGGCAGAUCAAGGCAUUGAUAAUGAUAUCAAGUCUUCGGUAUCAAAGCAUACGCACAAAGCGCUAAAGAACGUGGCAGGAGGGCAUGAAGUUGCCCUGCGUGAAGUGAGUGGCAUCAAAUCAGGCCAGAACUAUCUCGUGGACCUUGAGAUGACGGUACCCGGUGCAUGGUCUGUCGAUACAACACAACAUGUUGAAGAUGCAGUACGAACACAAGUCGGAGGCAAGGUGCGUGGUGUGCGAAGGGUCCGCAUCCGAUUCUCGCCAAAGGAGGCAACUUCCAAAGCUAAGUUUGACGAUUUUAUUCCCGGUACCGUCGUUCUACCCCCGGAGACAGAGGAGGAUGUGUCCGAGACAGAAGGCGAGUCGAACCAUGAUCACGGUCAUCAUGAUCACAAGAACAGUGACCAUGGCCUGAGAUCAAGCGGGAGUCAAGAGCACAACAACAGCCUCAGGAACAGAAACAAGCAUUAG